AUGAAGAGCAUCGUGAUAUCCAUAAUUUUGGGGUUGGCAGCAGCUCAAGAUUCAAAUUACAACGCUCGUAGCUCCUAUCACGAUAACGAUAGGCAAAAUUCCCCAGUUGAAGAAAGAAAACCUCAUAGCACAACACCCGUUCCAAUAUUACAUUGGAAUAAGCAGCAAGAACACGAUGGAACGUACAAAACGAGUUAUGAAACGGGAAAUAGCAUCAUCGCUGAAGAGAGUGGUUACAUCAAGAAGGUAGGCGAAGGCGACGAACAAGGAGAGGCAUUGGUCCAACAAGGAAGCUACUCAUAUAUGAGUCCCGAAGGGACGCUAAUCACUAUUCACUACACAGCUGACGAGACUGGCUUUCACGCAACCGGUGAUCAUAUUCCCACGCCACCGCCAGUCAGUGAGGAGAUUCAGAAAGGCCUCGACCUCAUCUUUGCAGGCAUUCGUCAGCAAGAGGAGGCAGACGCACGAGAAGCCGCACAAAAGCUCCAACAACAACCCUUAAACCAGCAAGUAGAUCGACGAGACAAUUACGAUCGAAAACACCGAAAGUGA